UAGAAGAAUUAUUAUAAAAGAAAAAUAAAAAAAGGAUGAAUGAAAAUAUGAAUAACGGAAGCGGACCAUUGGGUGGUCCGACAGCCAUCCAUCCCAUUGAAAAAUUAUGAGCCACUCUCGUAUAUCGUAAGUAGGCUAUUCGGGAGCCGUUAGUACAGACGUAGGGUUUCCUCUCGGACCGGGAAGCAGUUUAGAGUGGAACUCAAGGGGCAGUUGAAACUGGAUCACUGGAUGUCUUGAAAGAAGGGUUCUUCCGCCCACUUUUGAUACCGCCAGGCCCUCACCAAUCCCCUUUGAGAUCUAGUCUCGUCCCUCCCUUUAGUCCCCCGAAAAACUGGACCCUCCCUGGUCCCUCCGAGGCGUUCCUUAUUGUUCCCAUCGCCCAUUUCCGUACUAUGGGAUACAGGCGAAGACCCCUUCUUCUGCUACUGCUGCUGCUGCUGCUUCUGACGGUAAUAACCUUUACUAGGCUAAGGGUGCCAGGUCGUAUUCACGCCCAAGCCAAACGAUACCUGGAGAGGCAGCAAUACGGUGGCGUGCAGCCAAUCUCGGUAACGAAAAAACUCUAUUGGCCCUCUUCUAAGACACUCUACACAAUAGUGCAGGUGAUGUCUUACUGUCAUCAAGCUGCUCAUUUUUUCUCAAUUUCUUUGGGAGGAAAUUUGGGUCUGAUAAGGACGGACCCUCCCGAUUGGUGGUGUGGUGGAGGGACCGGGAUUCGACUACUAGUCUACUAUACUAGUAGUGGUAGUGGUAGUAUACUGGAGAGAAGUGAUGGAGGUGAAAGGUAGUUGGUAGUCAU